AGAUGACACUGACGGUGGAAGGAAGGAGACCAGAGGGGGGGGUUCUUUUUGUAACAGUUCCUGAAAGUGCGGAUAAUCUGCUCCUCACGUUGGUCUGGAAUUAGGCCGAAACGCAAAUGAGAAGCACGCUGCCGACCUCCAGGGAGUGAGGGCAGCACUUUUUUUUUUUUUUUUUUUUACGAAGCUCCUGCCCAGCAUGGCUUCACAGGGCCCCUCGCUCCUCAAAGCAGGACUACUGAUGCUGCUGGCUGCUCAGAUCCUCCCGCCGGCGUCUGGCUGCAACCGAGGCGCCUACGAAAUAAAGAUUGACGAAUUCUGCCAGGCCAAGUUCAGGCUGGACAUGAUGGGAUUGGAGCGCAGCGCGUGGUGCAGCUGGCCCACAACAAUGAAGAUAUAUGAGGAACUUACAAACUGCACCCAUCAGGUGGCUUUAAAGAUGGACUGCUUUUGGCCCAACGCUGUCGUCGAUCACUUCUUUAUGCGGGUUCACACGGACUACUUCAGCGACUGCGCUCUGACCGGACGGCUCCUUCACGACCCUCCAAUCAGCAUCCUCGCACCGUUCAUCGCAGUGCCGGUGCUGAUGACCCUUCUCAUGACCGCCGCCGUGGUGUGGAGGAGUAAACGCACAGAAGGGAUGCUCUAACAAGAAUCGGAACUUGAAGACAGCCUUGUGUGUGAAGUGUGAAGUUGGGCUGUCAUAAACAGAUUUAUGCUAAAAAUGUUUGAGAUAUGCCAAGCUUGGUUUAAAAAUACAGUUUUGUGACAAUGUAAACAUGCUCUUUUGAGGUUGUGGGACUUUGAGGUGUUGAAUUUUAAUUACCAUCUGUUCUCAUGGCCCAAAACAAUUUGUACACUCAUAAAUAACAGCACAGAGGAGGGCACUAGGAGAUCCCCAGCCUGCUCUGAUAAAUGAAUUGUUACAAGUGAAGACCCUUAAUGUGAGAAAGGCAGUACAAAGAAAACCCUCAAAGAAAAUAAAAAUAAAAAGUUUUCUUUUUAAUACAAAGCCUAAA